CUGAUGAAAAUGGAAAAUAUGUGAAAGCUGUUCUGAAAGACGCACUGGUCAUACCAACGUAUCCACAGGAUAUAUUUUCUGUUAGAGCAGCUACUUCAAAUGGAGCCAAUGUAAAGUUCUCACAAGAUAAAAAUGAACUUGUCUACAAAGAUGGUACAACUUUCAUUAUUGAGGAACAUGAACGCUUGUAUUAUUUGAACACUGUUAAUCAACUAAAUGAUGAUAGCAAUAUAAGUAGUUCAUAUGAUAAGGUAAGUCUUGCAUGCAAUAUUUACAAGUGGCAUGAAAUAUUAGGGCAUUGCCCGGUACAUGUACAGAAGGGAAGUUUGUACAGAAGGGAAGUUUGCAAAUUGUAGAAAUAGAGCUCCAGAUAGUCGAGCGACAAAACCCCUAGAAAAGGUACAUACAGACUUAGCAGGUCCCAUUAGCCCAGUGUCCAAAAAUGGUUUUAAAUAUUGCAUUGCAUUCACUGAUGAUUUUUCUGGAGCCAUUUUUGUAUAUUUCCUUAGAAAUAAGACUGACACCCUAUUAGCAACUGAGAAGUUUCUUGCCGAUUGUGCACCUUAUGGCCAGGUAAAGUGCUUGAGGUCAGAUAGUGGCACAGAAUUUAUGAAUGGUGAUUUCCAAGAUCUUCUUAGGAAAAGAGCCAUUAAGCAUGAACCUUCUUGUCCAAAUUCUCCCCACCAGAACGGAACAGCGGAAAG